AUGCUCAAGAAAGCGAAAGGGCGGUUCGAUACGGCGCAGACGAGCAGCGAUUUGGCGACGAUGCAGACGGCCAAGUUGGAAAUGGUUCUCUACGAAUCACUGCAGUUAGCGCACAAGUGCAUCCUCAAUUCGUUCUACGGAUAUGUCAUGAGAAAGGGGUCGAGGUACAGAUAUUUUUGGUGAAAAGUGAAGAAAAAAACGAUGGUACGGAACGUAAACGGGAUUCACCGAAAUGCUCAUUCAAUCCCUGGGAACAAAUGUCGUUUUCGCGGCUCUACACAUCACUCCCGUGAAAUUGUUCGACGCAAUGCUCUGGAUCCUUUGGAAAACAGCCUAGUUUUGUUGACGGAGCGGAUUUUUUCACUGCAGCUUUCAAUAAAAACAUUUUCCAGAUGGUUCUCAAUGGAAAUGGCUGGAAUUGUGUGUCACACCGGCGCCAACAUCAUCCGCGAAGCCCGGGAGAGAUGCUCAUGA